AUGUGCUUCUCUUUAUUAACGACGGUAGCUCCAACAGUUAAAAGAACUGGCGAUUUUAAGAUUGCGCCAAGGACAGCAUCUACUCGUUCACCUGGAUACCACUUACCUGCGUACAUGAUGCAUCUGUACCGGAAUUUCAAAACGAACCAGUCUCCGUCCAUGGAUUUCUUGGAACCGAGAACGGUGAGCGACACAGUUCGGAGUGUAGUUGCCAAAAGUUUGGUUCAGAGAGGCCGCCGCUGGAUCGUUACCUUCGAUUUCUCCUCCCUUGUGGCUGAGGAGCAGCUUCAGAAGGCAGAGCUGAGGAUCAGGUUGCCCCGGGUCACUAACGUUACGGACGUUACCGUGGAAAUCUAUCACCAGCACGAGUACCCCUGCCCGAGGCAAGGCCUGUGCCUGGAGCACCUUCCCAUGGGCUCCCUGUCCGCAGCCUCCCUCAUGGACUCAGCUCACAACUGGAAGGUCUACAAUGUCACCAGCCUGCUGUUCGACUGGCUCAAACUGGCAUUCCAGAAGGGGAGGCCACAGGCCACGCAGAGAGGCCCAUCCCUGGCGGAUCCAGCUCUGUUGUCCGGCUCUAGGAGUGAGCAGAGCGUGAAGGACAGAGCUCUGCUGGUGCUCUUCUCCCACCUGGGAUCUGAGGAGGGCUCGCAGGCCAAGGCCAGCCUGCUGCACACUGCCGAGCAGUCCAAGUUCCUGCUCAGCACCGAACCCCAGAAGGUCCAGCGCCCCAAGAGACACAAGCGCCACAGGAAGCGGAGAGCGCAGCCAAUCAGGCACGUGGACGUGCCCAGGCGGGGCAGCGUGAAGUCGCUGUGUCGGAAGGUGGACCUGCACAUAGACUUCAAUAAAAUUGGCUGGGGCUCCUGGAUUGUCUUCCCUAAAAGGUACAACGCGUACCGCUGUGAGGGAACCUGUCCCAACCCUGUUGGAGAGGAGUUCAAACCCACCAACCACGCCUACAUGCAGAGUCUGCUGAAGUACUACCACCCGGAGCGAGCCCCCCCCGCCUGCUGCGCCCCCACCAAGAUGAGCCCGCUGAGCAUGCUGUACCACGAGAACGGCGCCGUGCUGCUGCGGCACCACGAGGACAUGAUCGUGGACGAGUGCGGCUGCCACUGA